AUGCCAAGCCAGAAAAUCGAACGUAAAUGCUUGGGCGAUGUCACCAACCAGGUUUCCACAUCUUCAGUUGGUCCUUGCCGGAAAAUUCAGCUAGAACAGAAGGUCCUUGAAUUGAAUGAUCGACUGGAUGCCCUGAGUGCCAAAUUCGAAACCUUAAUUUCGAAUGUGCAAAGACAGGAUCAUGAGAUCUCGAGAUUAUCGACGAUUUCAACAACUAGCGGUGACGUGGUCGAUUGCUCGUCCUUGGCGCAAACUCCAUCUUCGGCCGUAGAAGAACGGAGCAUGAAAGAACAGGUGAAACGUUCGAUCUUGGGUGAUGAAGGUUAUUCCAUUUAUCGCAAAACUCUGAAGUCAAGUCGACAAUGA